AAGAGUGCAUGUUGUUUUUAUGGAGGUUUUAGAAUAUUCUAAUGGAAAUCUGUCACCAAUUGGAUGGACACCUAGCUAAUCAUCUGAUUGUGCUUCUCUACCCUUCUUUGCCAGCUGUCUCUUCAAUGGCUUUCAACAUCGAUGAAGCAAACACAAAAAUCUACAAAGGGGAGGAACAGGAUUUCUUUGGAUACAAAGUCCUGCAAUUCAUAUCUGGCAAGGAGAAAGGGGUAAUGGUCAGUGCGCCAUAUCAGAAGAAUGGAUCUGGUGGAAUCUGUAGAUGUGCUCAAGACCRAACAAACUGUACAGACUGUUACACUCCUCAAGGAACUGACAAAAUCAAGUACAUUGGACUGUCUAUGGUUGCACAAUCUACUUCUCCUCCAACGUUCACUGCCUGCAGCCCUGGCCUGGCAAGCGACUGCAAUGGGAACACUAUCUGUUAUCAGUUCAACAGCCAGCUCGAGAUCACUGACUUCACACCUGCCUUCCAAGUGUCGCAGGCAGACAGAGAACUGGAAGGAAAGCGUCGUCCAAAAGAGAGGUUUUAG